AUGACGGUCGUCAGCACUGACGAAAUUACCCUUUGUACAAACACCUCUUCAACACCAGAAGUAUCACCCCAAUCUUCCACUGAGCGUUGGGUUGCUCUCACAGCUUCUGCACCGCUAUAUUCUAUUCCAAAUUCUGAAUCAAACCUAGGAUUAGAUUCAUUUGUUAAUAACCCACAGGUAGGGGCCAGGGCAAUUGCAUCAUCUUUCCCCCGGGUCUCACUUUCAAAUUCCUCUGUGUCAUCAGCAAGCCCUUGGCUCUGUUAUCGUAAUGGGAAAUUUAUCCGACACCGCGUCACAGUCAUUUCUGAGUCUGCUGCAAGCUGCUGCGAGGAAACACGACCGUGCGAAGAUCAACCAGCUCCUGGGCUUACUCAGCAAGCAAAUAUGUCUGUUGAUGAAGCUCUUGUUGCAACUCAAAUGAUAUCCCCGUUGUCUCCUCGAAUGCCCUUCUCUUGCCACCUUAAAACAUUGCACUCUGGCUACGAAGGUGUGUUCCCGGAAAACCGCAAACGCAAAAAACCACGUAGCUCUGCAAUAAGACCCGAGGCCAGUGACAUUGCAAAUCUACAAAAGUCAGACGCACACUGGUAUUACCGCAACAUUGUUAAUGCUGAUGUGGGACUAUCUCUUACAGACUUUGACAUUGUGGUAAAUGACGAUAUAGCUGCAGAUAUGGCUGCGCGCGAAACACUAGCCGUCAAGAAUCGCAUCAUUCUUUGUAGUUUGACACUUACUAUUCCAAUAUUUCUUUAUCUACGCUUCACAUUCUGGACCUGA